UAUAUUGGGCAUUUUUACUAAAUAUUUUACUAUAUUCUAUUAAGUGGCUGAAAUCAAGACAAGUUUAAAUCAAAUUCAACUCAAGUCCAAGUUUCUGUGACCCUGUUUAUAACAAGGUGUAGGCAGCAGAACCUUCAACCACAACAUGUGACAUCUGACGGCUGCUUUAUCUGAAUAAAGUGUUGUGAUGGAAACCAUGGAAUCAUGGAAACCAAUCCUCAAGUCAUAUAAAAUACAAUAAAUCUAUUCAUACAUAUAUCAAGAUGAUCUUAUCUGCAUGAAAUAGCGAGCUCCUGAACUCUGAACAGAGAUGAGGUAAACGCCUCAAUUUGAUUUAAAAAAUACUAACACCUCACUGAUGUUUAACAUGACCAGUUUCAUGGCAACAAUUAUCCCCCCUGAGGCAUCUAUUACAUCUUACCUGCAUGCAGCCUUUGUCCCCAUCUUAUCACAUCUAUAAAAAGGACCUUGUUGGCACAUCCAACCGAUCACCUGGGAAGAGGUCACUCUGAGGAGCCUCAGCUGACACAAAAUGGCUCGACUAGCAGUCUUGGGAGGGCUGUCCCUUCUGAUGUGUCUUCAGAUAGUGUCCUCUACAAAACUGGUGUGCUACUUCACCAACUGGUCCCAGUAUAGACCAGGCGUUGGCAGAUAUAUGCCUUCCAACGUGGACCCCAACCUCUGCACACACCUGAUCUACGCCUUUUCAGCAAUCAGCCCUUCUAACGAGCUGUCACCCUACGAGUGGAAUGAUGAUAUCCUCUACAAAUCCUUCAACGCACUCAAGCAGACAAACCCCAAGUUGAAGACUCUGCUCGCUGUUGGUGGCUGGAACUUUGGAAUUGCACAAUUUACCAUCAUGGUUUCAUCCCCUGCCAACCGCCAGAGAUUCAUCCAGUCUUCUAUCAGAUUCUUAAGACAGCGUGGCUUUGACGGGCUGGAUCUGGACUGGGAGUAUCCUGGAGCACGAGGAAGCCCACCAGAGGACAAGCAGAGGUUCACAGUGCUCUGCCAGGAAUUGCUUGCUGCCUUUGAACAAGAAGCUGCUGCUACCAGAAAACCACGACUGCUGCUCACAGCUGCAGUGGCUGCUGGGAAGGGAAACAUUGACAAUGGAUACGAGAUUCCCAAAGUAUCAAGGUUACUAGACUUUAUAAAUGUCAUGACUUAUGACUUCCACGGAGCAUGGGACCCGAUCACUGGUCACAACAGUCCUUUGUACCGCAGUUCUGUCGAUACGGGCGAAAACAUCUACUACAACGUGGACUUUGCUAUGAAAUACUGGAGAGACCAAGGAGCACCUCUUGAAAAGCUCAUGAUUGGUUUUGCCACGUACGGACGCACAUUUCGCCUAUCAACAGCAAAUAACGGUGUUGGAGCAUCAGCCAGUGGGGCAGCCUCUGCUGGGCCCUUCACCCGUGAAGCUGGGUUUUGGUCCUACUACGAGAUCUGCACUUUCCUCCCGGCAAGCAGUGUCCACUGGAUUGAUGAGCAAAAGGUGCCCUAUGCCACUAAAGGAAACGAGUGGGUUGGGUUUGAUAACUGGCAGAGCUUUGAAAUCAAGGCACAGUAUCUAAAGGAUAACAAGUUUGGAGGAGCCUUCAUCUGGGCUCUAGAUCUGGAUGAUUUUUCUGGACAGUUCUGUGGACAGGGAAACUAUCCCCUCAUUGGAAAACUGAGCUCUCUCCUGGAUUUAGAUUAUCCACGUCCUCCUCCUUCUAUAACGACCACUGCCAAAACUACCACCACAACUGUUGCAUCUGGAGAUGAUUUCUGUAGCGGGAAGCCUGACGGCAUCUACAAAAAUGACAUGGACAGCAACUCCUUUUAUCAAUGUGUCUACGGUCACACAUACCACCAGAGAUGUCAAGUUAAUCUGGUUUUCAACGAGGGAUGCAUGUGCUGCGACUGGCCUUAAAUAAAUAUCUUCUUUUUCAA